GAUGAGUGCCCCAAUUGUGGAGGAUCCGUCCUUCCAGAAAAUCUACUCUCCGGACAAUUUGAAGGCAUUCAAGCUCGACCCGAAUGAUGUUCUCUUCAACUACUGGCACAAGGUGAUCAUCGACGUGAAGAGGAGUGAUCAGAAGAAGUUGGAUGUGGUUGAUUGUCUCGCCGAGUACGUCACCGGAGCCUUCGUUCCUGUCUACUUCCGGCAAUUUGGUCAUGAGUACAUCUUCUACGUCCGGGACUGCGUCAAGGCGCUCAAUGAUUUGAUGCGCAAUGAACUCAGGUUGGAGAAUGCAUCAACGGGAAGAGGGGACAUCAUGAUUUACCUCAAUGUGGCUAAGAUUGAGUUAAGUCAUCCCGAUCCGGAUAGAACUGUUGCAGAAGUUCUCAAGAGCAGGCGCCAGGAAUUAACGCAGAAAGUGACCUACAAUCUGUCAGCAUUUGAUCAGGACAAGAGAUUCCAGAAUAUGGUGUUUAAACUCGGCUUUCCGGGGAAUUUUGAGAAGAUUUGCAGGCUUAUUAAGGAUUCUGGGAUCCCACCGGCAAAUACCAUUGAAAUGCGUCUUUACCGGAAUAAUCUGCAGGAUUUGACGCCACUGCAGCUUCUCAAGGAUUUUUACUUUGAACAUCUCGACAUUACCAACAAUACGUUCGCUGCGGAAGCAAUGCUGGCCCUUGAACCUUUACGCAUAAAGAAUCUCUGCUGCAACUACAAAUUGCGCAUUGUGAAGGAGCUCCUGUCGAAUGUUGAGCGUUGCAACAAUACGGUUAUUUUCAUUCCAACCAAAGGACACGGGAUCCCGGAGAGUCACAAAGCUCAGGCAACGGUGCCACAGUCUUAUGCUGCAACACCGCUCAUUGAGAGGCGUCCUGACACAAUAAUUCAGCCCUCCUACGCGGAGCCUGUUGCUCCAUCGGGGCAGCUCUGCAUUCAACUGGCUGACCCAACGUUCCACUUCCCCACAUCUGGGGUACACUGCACGGCGGGAGUUAAGUUGAAUUUUAUGCAAUUCAACAACAAUUUGUGGCAUUUCGUCAUGAUCAUUCACAAUGGGUGCUACUCCCGAAGGGACAUCCUCAAUGGGUUGUAUGCCAUUCAGGUGAAGAGCAAUUGUUUCCCGUAUCACUACAUUAAUGGGGAUAGAGCGGAUACUUUUUAUCUCUUGGAUUCAUUUAAUUUAAUGCAUGAGAUCUACAAUAAUGGGAUGGAAUUGGCACUUCCGGAUGCAAAUGUGAGUCUCAAAGUGGAAUUUAGACUCAAUGUAAUUGCCACGAAGCGUCUGGAUGCCAUUAAGUGUGAGACGGCCAUUGAGAAGGCGCUCCAGGAGAGGAUUGAUGAUGCCAAAAUGGUGCUGGAUUUGAGUAAUUUCGCCGAAGUCAUGGAGAAGCAUGAUUUUAUCUUUGAAAUGCGCAAUCCUCAAGCAAUCACGACGCUCUUUGCUUGUCGUAUGGGGCGCUUUGCACCACGUGUCAACACCAUCCUGCUCAAUGAUAAUGAAAUCAGUGUGAUUAGGGAUGUUUUGCUGCUACUUUCAGCUCAAACGUUGGAUUUGAGUAAUAAUAAAAUUGAAAAUCUCGAAAAUAUCUUCAUCAUAAAUAGCGCAAAUAUCACAAAUCUCCGUCUAAUGGGGAAUCCGCUGUGUAAGAAGUAUUCCAGCUCGUUGCAGUACAUCAGCGCCGUGCGCGGGGUGUUUUCGGGGUUGAAAACACUCGAUGGGGUUGAUGUGGCGAAUGAUGACGUCACGAAUGGAUAUCGAAACUGGAUUUGCUCUCCGGAUUGCUUCAGUUUCGUCUCGCAGUUCAUCGAUAAGUACUUCCGGGCGUACGAUUCGCUGCAUCGUGGGAAUCUCAAGGAUCUCUACUCACGACGAUCAAUCCUCACGGUUGGGACGGAUUUUACAAAGAUCAAAAUGAUGACGAUGCAAAAGCAAAAGUGGCAGCACUACACAACCCUUUCGCGGAAUAUGCUGAAUGUUGCAAAUUACCGCCAAAAGAAUCAUCUCGUCUACGUGGGAUGGAGUGGAAUCUACGAUGCUCUGUGCAAGCUUCCACCAACAGAGCACGAUCGACAGAGUUUCUGCGUUGAAGUUCCCAUUUACUCGGACGAAAUGGCCGUUAUAACGAUCUACGGCAUGUUCCGCGAACAGAUUCAGAGUUUGCUGGACAAAGAGCUUAUUCUCGGCUUCUCCCGGACAUUCAUCCUGCGUCCCAUUGAGGCAGAUUGCGGGCUCUUUGGCAAUGGCAUUCGCUACUUUAUUGUCAAUGAGAAGAUCAGUGUGUUCAAUCCGACCAUAAUUCAGCAUCAGAAUGCAUUCAAAGUACCCGCAGAAGUGCCAGAGAGGCCCAAGGAGAUCACGGAGGAGGAGAAGAAGGAAUUCACCCUCAUGUUUAGCGAUUGUACAAAUCUCAAGCCAGGAUGGAGUCGGAGGUGUCUCACAAAGGUGAAUUGGGACUUCAAGUUGGCCCUUGAGGUGUUUGUUAGUCUCUUCGAGGAGAAUAAGAUUCCCGCCAAAGGAUUCAUCGCUACCCUCCCAAAGGAUACUCCUGCGGUUCUACCGGAUCAAUCGAGGUAUAUGUAAGCAGCCAGGGCUACGCAACAGAACAGCCUACACACACCUUUAGAAUCUUUGUGAGUAAUUCAUGAAUAAAAUUUUGAUAAGGUGAAA